CAAAAGCAGUUAGAAAUUCAAUGAAUAAAAAGUCAAAAUAAAUUGGGGCAGAGAAAAGGUGGAAGAAGAAACCCUUAGCUGAAUUUUUCGUGUUCUCAUCUAUCAGCGGCCACCGGAUUUUGCUUCAACUAUGACGACAUCGAGGCGUCUUGCUGACAGGAAGAUUGAGAGGUUUGAGAAAAACAUUACCAAGCGAGGAGCUGUUCCUGAAACUACCGCAAAAAAGGGAAACCAGUAUCCUGUUGGCCCUAUAUUGCUUGGUUUCUUUGUCUUUGUUGUCAUUGGCUCAUCUCUGUUCCAGAUAAUAAGGACCGCAACCAGCGGGGGCAUGGCUUAAGCAUGGAAGUUAAAAGUGGUGGUGUUAUAGGCUUUGCCUGCUUGUUGUAGUAGUGUUUUUCUCAAAGUUUAGCCCAAUGUAGAAAUUGAAGAGAAACUUCAAUAGAACUGUUUUUAACUUGUGAGAUACUCGGAGAAGUAUAAAUUUUCUCCUGUCUCGUGUGUUGAUAUAUUUGUGUCCAUUGCGUUCUUGCAGAGGUUUAAAUAUCCUUUCACUUC